AGCGGUGGCUUUAUCUAAGGGGACGGGAGCCCUGCCUGGAAAGCGCGUCUCGGUGUCCGCGGGAGAGCGGAGGGGGGCUGACGGAUCCACGCCGACCCUCCGUGGCCGCUGCAUCCAGGAGUGCGAGGAGAGAGGGGGGACCAGCCCAGCCCAGAGCGGGUGAGGGAUCCCCCAGCCCCACGCUGGCCCGAGAAUCACUAGCAAAUGUCCUGUCGCUUUCUUCGCUCGUCUCAUCGAUGCACUCUAACUUGGACUCUUCCCCCGUCCAUCGCAGAAAAGUCAAUGCUGCCUCCCCAAAAUGCCCAACGUCUCCACGGUGAGGGGAUUCCUCCUGCUGGGAUUCUCCGAGGUCCGGGAGCUGCGGCUGGUCCACGCCGCGCUGUUCCUCCUGGUCUACCUGGCGGCCCUGACGGGGAACCUCCUCAUCGUCGCCGUCACCGUCCUCGACCGCCGCCUCCGCACCCCCAUGUACUUCUUCCUCGGGCACCUGUCCGUCCUCGACCUCUGCCUCGUCUCCGUCACCGUCCCCAAAUCCGUCACCAUCUCCUUGACUAAUAACAGCUCCAUCUCCUUCCCGGGCUGUGUGGCUCAGCUCUUACUGGGGACCUUGUUUGCCGCUGCGGAGUAUUUCGUCCUGACGGCCAUGUCCUACGACCGCUACGUCGCCAUCUGCCUCCCCCUGCGCUACGAGGUCCUCAUGGACAGAGGGGCCUGCGAGAAGAUGGCGGCCGCCUCCUGGCUCAGCGGAGGACUGAUUGGGGUCCUGUUUUCAUCUUUUACCUUCUCCCUGUCCUUCUGCGGGUCCAACGUCAUCCAGCAGUUCUUCUGUGACGUCUCCUCCCUGCUGAAGAUCGCCUGCUCCGAGGAGCACGUCGCCAUCGACGUGAGCGUCGCCGUCGCGGUAGCGUUAGGCAUCCUCUGCUUCGUCUCCAUCGUCGUCUCGUACGCGCGCAUCUUCCGGGCCGUGCUGAGGAUGCCGGCCGCCGAGGGCCGGGCCAGGGCCUUCUCCACCUGCCUGCCUCACCUCACCAUUGUUAUCGUUGUCAUUUUGACGGCCGUCACCGCCUAUCUGAAGCUUCCCUCGGACUCCUCCUCGACGCCGGACCUGCUGGUGUCCGUAUUCUACAUAGUGGUACCCCCUGCCCUCAACCCCCUCGUCUACAGCCUGAGGAACCGCGACGUGAAGGCCGCCGUCGGGAGAGUCAUAAAGGAGAGAUUCUCCCACCCCUUUCUCUGGAAAAAAACCGUCUCCUUGUGUUGAUAUUGCCUUCACUCACUUCCCUAAGACACCCGACAGAGGGGUGCAUAUGAGCAGUUGUCUUUUCUGGCUGAUAGGAGACUUUCUCAGGGUCUGGAGGGGGGUUUGGUAGAACAGGUUUAUGACGGAUAAUCCCGCCUCAGAGGGCAUUGCGCUGGGGUCGAUACGAGGUUGGACCCCCAUUUAUAUCCCACAAGGGG